GCGCGGAGCAGCCGCACGUCUACAUGCGGCGGCAGAGCCAGAUCCACGGGCAGGAUGUAUUGCAUCUUUCUCCAAAGCAUCUAGUGCUAACCACUUCUGGAAACGGGAGAUGGGACUAGCUGGGCUAUGCUGUCAUUUGUUGGCUGUCAUCAUGGCUCUCACUUCUAUCAUCUGGUGGUUCUUUGGGAGCCUGUGCAAAAUCUUCAGUCUUGAUCUUGGAGGUAUAUCUGCUAUUGUACUGAAUGGCUAUGAUGCAGUAAAAGAAUGCCUUGUUCAUCAAAGUGAAAUUUUUGCAGAUAGACCGUCUCUUCCCUUGUUUAAGAAGCUGACAAACAUGGGAGGCUUACUGAACAGUAAAUAUGGCAGAGGAUGGACAGAACAUCGCAAAUUAGCUGUAAAUACCUUUCGAAUUUUUGGAUAUGGUCAAAGGUCCUUUGAACACAAAAUUUCAGAAGAAUCUAUGUUUUUUCUUGAUGCCAUUGAUACAUACAAAGGCAGACCAUUUGAUCUUAAACACUUGAUAACAAAUGCAGUUUCAAACAUUACUAAUUUGAUUAUUUUUGGAGAACGUUUUACAUAUGAAGAUACUGAAUUUCAGCACAUGAUUGAGAUUUUUAGUGAAAAUAUUGAAUUAGCUGCUAGUCCUUCUGUAUUUUUAUAUAAUGCUUUUCCUUGGAUUGGUAUCUUGCCAUUUGGGAAACACCAGCAGCUGUUUAAAAAUGCAGCUGAAGUCUAUGACUUUCUUCAUGAGCUUAUUGAACGUGUCUCUGAAAAUAGGAAGCCUCAGUCACCUCGACAUUUUGUAGAUGCGUAUUUAGAUGAGAUGGAUUGCAAUGAAAAUGAUCCAGAAUCUACAUAUUCAAGAGAAAACUUAAUUUUCUCUGUUGGAGAACUCAUCAUAGCUGGGACAGAAACCACAACAAAUGUUUUAAGAUGGGCAGUGUUAUUUAUGGCUCUUUAUCCAAACAUUCAAGGGCAAGUUCAAAAAGAAAUUGAUUUAGUCAUCAGCCCAAACAAAAUGCCUGCCUUAGAAGAGAAAUGCAAAAUGCCAUACACUGAGGCUGUUCUACAUGAAGUUCUAAGAUUCUGUAAUAUAGCUCCACUAGGUAUUUUUCACGCAACUUCCAAAGAUACUGUUGUGCGUGGUUACUCUAUUCCUGAAGGCACUACAGUCAUUACAAACCUCUACUCCGUUCAUUUUGAUGAAAAAUACUGGAGCAAUCCAGAAGUGUUUUUUCCUGAGAGAUUUUUGGACAGCAGCGGGCAGUUUGUCAAGAAAGACGCAUUUAUUCCUUUUUCACUAGGAAGAAGACAUUGUCUUGGAGAACAGCUAGCUCGAAUGGAAAUGUUUUUGUUUUUCACUUCAUUACUACAACGAUUUCACCUGUGUUUUCCUCAUGGUGUGAUUCCAGAUCUUAAACCAAGAUUAGGCAUGACAUUACAACCACAGCCAUACCUCGUCUGUGCGGAAAGACGGUGAAGAGAAGGAUCUGGAUUGUCAGGUGGAGCACAGUGCUCCCAGUAGCAGCUGAGGAUCCACUUUGCCUUCUAUUUCUAAAUGUGUUCAUGUCAGAAGAACAAAAGUUUAAAGGACUUGCAGAUAAAUUCUGACUAUUUGUGCACAAGUUAAUAGUUUCUUUUUACUUGGUUUUCACAAAAAAAACCUCAACCAAAACUAUGAAACACAUCCUGUGUUUAAAGUUGAUGUUUUCACUCCAGAAGUCUGUUUUGAAUCUAACUUCCGAUUCAGCUUUUAAAUAUUUAAUUACUUAGCAAGCCAUUUUACUUUGAGAGGAUAUUUUUAUAAGCGUGGAGCAUAUGGCUAAAAAUGUUUAUACUCAGAUUCAUCUGUGGAAAUCUCACUUACAUUAUUCCAGAUAAGCUGUUCUUUAUAAUUCUCCAUUAAAUUUACAUAGCUAAAAAGGUUUUAAAGGUAUCUAUUUAAAUUUCUGUAACUCAGAAUAAACUAUCUUUUCCAGCCUUGACAAACAAAUUGUCUAUUAAAGCAUUUUGAUCCUUCCUUCUCCUUGCCCUGU